GCAGAGAUUUGCAUAUGCUGAUCAUAUCACGUCUGAACAUGAGAUUCGAUUUGCUGAUCAGCUAUCUACUGCUGGGAUUACCGCUUUGCUGGGCCGGGGCGACAGAGGAGCAAAUGUGGGCAGCAGGAAAACUUAUGCGGGACGUUUGCUUCCCCAAGUUUCCGAAGGUGAGCGUUGCCACCGCUGAUUCCAUACACGAUGGCGUCAUUCCGGAUGACAAGGACUCCAAGUGCUACAUCAACUGCAUUCUCGAGAUGAUGCAAACGAUCAAGAAGGGCAAGCUGCAGCUGGAGUCGUCGCUGAAGCAGGUGGAGCUCCUCUUGCCGGACAAGUACAAGCCGAGCUAUCGCACGGGCAUCGAUCUGUGCAAAGACUCCACCAAUGGCAUCAAGAACAAUUGUGAUGCUGGCCACGCGCUGCUCACCUGCCUGCGUGCCAACAUCGAUGUCUUUGUGUUCCCCUAGACAUCGACUUGGAGUAAACAACUUUUCCAUUUCCUUUCCCCGAUGUGUGUAAGUGCUUCAAGAUCCCCCCACUUUGACCGGCAGGUCAAGUGCCAGCUGAGCAUUACGAAUAAAGUUGAUUCGAUUUUCGAUAAGAUACUAAACUCGAAACGAAAACGAAACAAA